AUGACUAUGGAUCAGCUUAUGGAGCUUUUCCAUGCUAGAGCUCGGCGUAGGUUUUCAAGAGGUCUGAAGCGCAAACCUUUAGCUCUCGUCAAUAAGCUUCGUAAAGCCAAGAAAGAAGCACCACCAAAUGAAAAGCCCGAAAUUGUCAAGACACAUCUUCGUAAUAUGAUAAUUGUGCCAGAGAUGGUAGGAAGUAUUGUUGGAGUUUACAAUGGAAAGACCUUCAACCAGUUAGAGGGAAAGGAGAGUAAGCGGCGCAGCCUUGACGUUCAGCCGCUGCUGGUGCAGGAACGGCGGGCUCUGCGCUGCGAAACCUGCGUGAAGUCUACAGCCGGCGCAAAGGAGCAAGGACACGGCCAGGAAGCUCCCACGCCGACGGCGUCGCUCUUUGAUGUUCUGAUAAGCUAA